AUGCCGCCCCGAACCGAUAAGGGUAAGGGUCAGCAGCGCCCGAGGAUAAGGGUAUGUGAGGCUCCUCAGUCGGCCGUAUGUCCUCCCCCACAGAGUCAGGUAGAGCCCAUGUCUACGACCUCUCAACAUUUUAUGCCACUGCAGUCAUCUAUGGGGUAUCCUCCCCCACAGACUCAGGUAGAUCCCAUGACCAUGGGUUCACAACCUUUUCUCUCGCUACUAUCAUCCCAUGGUUAUCCUAUGGCCCAAUUUGGGAACCCAUCCUUUAUUAGCCCAUCUGGGAACCCAUCAUUUAUUAGCCCAUCUGGGAACCCAUCCUUUAUUAGCCCAUCUGGGACUUCACCAUACCAUCAGACUGGGGGAUCUAGUUUUCCUCAUCCCUCACAGGUACCCCCACCCUUCAUGCAGUCUGGGAUCUUUCCAGAUCCCACACAGGUACCUCUGUCGUCCCAGCAUCCCACAAACACACCAUCAUCAUCCACGCUUUCGAGGUCCCACACCCCACCUACCACACACAUGCCCUCAUCAUCCACGCAUCAUGGGGGAUCUCGCACCCCACACCCACCACGUGCCACAGAUAUACCCGUGCCUGAGGAGCAGGAGGAGCAGGAUGACCAGGAGCAGCAGGAUGACCAUGUUUUAGAGCAACCAACUGCAAAUCCCACAGAGUAUGAGAUGAUUGAUGGCAGAUAUUUUAUUGAGCCAUGUGGAAAAUCUUUCUCUCCGAGUAGGCCAGCUGCACAGUGUGUAAAACAUGUGAUUCAACAAAUGUAUAAAAAAGCUUGGAAGUCAUUCAAAGAACUUUCCAAGGAUGAGAAAGAUGAAUGGUUUGAUAAAUUUAAGGAAAUGUGUACGUGGAAUGUAAUGGAUGAAUAUAUGAUUAGAAAAAAUUAUCGGGGAAGAACAUCUGUCCGACUUUCUGACAUGCUUAGGCGUGUCAGACUUGAUUGGGAAGAACGAAAUAUUCGUCCCAACUGGAUAGGCAAGGAAGUAUUUGACGAACUUCUUGCCUAUUGGGCUACCGAUAAUUUUAAAGCUAAAUCUCAAAAAGCAAAAGACAUGAGAGCAUCCGAAAGGGGGGGUUGCCUUAAUGCUACAGGAAGUAUAAGCAUUGGAGAACAUGCAAAACGGAUGACUAAGGCACAAGGAAGACCCCCCCGACUUAAUGAGUUGUUUGUGAAGACCCGUACAAAAAAAUCGGGGGAUUUGGUUGAUGAUCGGUCGAGAAGAACUAUAGAGGAGUAUCAAAGAUUGCUCACACAAUUUCUAGUUGAAAAUCCUCAAUAUACACCUGUUGGUUCUAAUCCGCUUGAUCCACGCGUGGAUAUGUAUAUUUGGAGCUUAGUCACUGGAGGGAAGGGACGUAAUGGGUGUUUUUUUGGUGUUGGUCCUUUGGCUGGCAACUACAGAACCGGAGAUAGAACUUUAUUUGAUAGAGUUGCAAGUGGGGAAGGAACGUCCCGUCCAACACAAUUGACACCUGAAAUGAUGGAAACGGUGAGGCAACUGGCUCUAACAGAGGCUAGACGAGAGACGGCGGAGCGUGAGGCGGCGUUAAAGGCCGAAUUAGAGGAAAUGAAAAAAAGACAACACGAUAUGGAGGAGCAAAUGAGACAAUUUAUGCAGUCCAUGAGUAGAAAUCAAAAUCAAAGAACAAGUGAAGACGAUGAAGAUGACGACGAAUUUGAUGUGUAA